AUGGCUAACUGUAUGGGUUUUCACACUCAAAUAGCCUCCAUCAUGGAGGUGCUAGCGAAUGCAGCAGUGUCAGAGAUCUGUAAACUCGUAGACGACGACUAUGCAGUUUUUCGUUUAGAAAUAACUCAAAGCCAGAAAGAAAACAGGGGAUUGCGGAGGAAACUACAGCUACAGGAACUGAAGGUGGCACGGGAGCGUGCAGAGAGGACAAUACGAGAGCGCGUCCUCGCCAGUCGUCCCAGUAGUGUCAAGAUCCUUGACGGAUACAGAGGAAUGGCAAGAGGUGAAGGACAUCUCACUGGAGGCCAUAGGAGCUUUCUGAAGCCAGUGGGACACGAUACAUGGAAAGAUGACCAACCAAUCACUGUUGAUGAGGGGAGUGGAACCUCAACCCAGCAUGUUAUUGUGAUAGAGUCUGCAGAUACAGAGGCUGCAGGUCCUGAAGGAUUGUCUCUGGUCAAGCAGGAGAAGACUGAAGGAGAGGAGGACCCACAGCACAGCAGAGACAUCCAGACUGGAGUGGCUGUAGCACCCCCUGUAGCUACAGAGGACCCCACCAACGCCCCAGCGCAGCCCAGGACUCAACGCAGCAUCAUGGAGGUCAGUGGAACGCUGAACUCCGUCCUCAAUUCCGAGACAGACACCAAGACUUUAACUGUAACACACAGGCUUUUACACACAGGAUCUGACCACAGACCAGACCCAAAGAGACUUGGGCUGUGGAGACUGGGCUGUCCUCCUGCUCCCGGCUCAGACUAUGUACCGGUAUUUCACCAGAACGAGAGGACGGUUCAUUCCCGUGAGGAUGGUGAUGGUGACGCGUUAGACACUGGCAGUAAUGAUCCGUCUUGUUCUUACGCUACAGAGAUGGACCCUGGCAACAUGCCCUUGGGUUUAGAGACACAGACUGAUCUGUCUAGAGGGGACUGGAACCAGUACAGUAGUAGUGUAUACUCUGAAGGGUGCCAAGAUAAGAAAGUGGAGGGUCUGGUUGUAGAGGAAGUGACUGUGAAAGUGGAGGGUGACAUUUCUCCCACAUGGAAUGCAGAUAGUCACUUAGGAGACGGACACUCACAGGGAAGAUAUUUCUUAGAUUACAGGGAAAGCUUAGAGAAAAAUCCAAAUGUCGCAACCCACUCGCCUUCAUACGCGUUCGGGGACCGUGACCCAGUGUCCACCUCGAUGGGGCCUUCCGAUUCACACAGCCGCAUCCUUUUCGAUCAGGUAUUGCACUCAAACGACAAUGCUAGAGCCCAGGCUCGGGGAGGGGGAGAAACAUCAGGCAAUAGUAAAGAGAAACGGUUCCUCUGCAUGUUCUGUAACAAAGGCUUCAGCAGCCCUCAGAGUGUGGAGAUCCACCAGAGGGUCCACAGAGGGGUUAAACCCUUCAGCUGUACCCAGUGUCACAUGCGCUUCAGCCAGUCUAGUGACCUGAAGAGGCACCAGAGGGUCCACAGAGGGGUGAAACCCUUCAGCUGUACACAGUGUCUAAUGCGGUUCACCCAGUCUAGUGACCUGAAGAGGCAUCAGAGGGUCCAUACAGGGGAGAAACCCUUCAGCUGCCCCCAGUGUGACAUGCGCUUCACCCAGGCUGGCAGCCUGAAGAGGCACCUGAAGGUCCACACAGGAGAAAGGCCGUUCGCCUGUCCGCACUGCGGGAAGAGGUUCUCAGAGAGGAGAUACCUUAGGAUACACCAGCAGAAAAACCAUUCCACUCUAUAAACUAGAAACCAUUGCAUGUUAUAGCGUAUUACGUUUCGAUCAAACCCUGCGUUGUCAGCAGAAAAGAUCCACAGAUGCAUUUGGAGUAGAGAAAGUAACACAUUUCAGUGUUGAAUAUUCCUGGUUUGAAUAUUGCAUCUGACAACUUGAAGGAAAAAUUUGUGAGGAUGGUAGCGGCCUAUAUGGCCACUCCUAUUUGCCAUCUCUUCAGUAUAAGCCUACAGGAAAGUAAUUGUCCUCAGGCCUGGAGGGAAGCAAAAGUCAUUCCGCUACCCAAGAAUAGCAAAGCACCCUUUACAAACUCAAACAGCCGACCAAUCAACCUGCUACCAACCCUUAGUAUACUUCUUGAAAAAAAAUGGUGUUUUACCAGAUACAAUGCUAUUUCACAAUAAACAUAUUAACAACUGACUUUCAGCCUGCUUAUAGGGAAGAGCACUCAACAUGUACAGCACUUACACAAUGAUGAUUGGCUGGAAGAAAUUGAUAAUAAGAAGCUUGUGGGAGAUGUUUUGUUAGACUUCAGUGCAGCUUUUGACAUUAUCGAUCAUAAUUUGCUGCUGGAAAAUGUAUUAUGUCUUUACGUGCCCAUUUUUACCACAUUCUUGCCUGCAUACCCCUUUUAUACCUCCUAUGCGCAUGCCAGAAUGCAGGUGACGAGUGGCAUUAGUGGUAUGCAGAUGCUGGUGGGCGUUUAUUUGAAUAAAUCCAUUGAAUAUACACUUUCAAAAAUAAAUACUUUAUAGUUUUUUUCAGGCAGGUCCUAAGAAACAUAAGACUAAUAAUGUAUUUUCAAAGGGAUAGAAUAGGCCUAGCAUAAAGUGUAAUGAUGUUAUGUACAAAUGAAUUAAGUCAAUAGUUCAUUAUUUUGUUCAUUAAACUCAUGACACACACCUACCCCAUUCAGUCAACACGCUUGUAUUUUAUAGUAAGAAUAAAAUACAAAUAAUAUUUUUCCUACACAACCACUGUCAUAUUAAAAAGUGGUAUUCUGAAAUAGAACUCAAGCACAUGCUUUUUUGAUCCACGUUUCAUCUAUUUCCUAUCCUCACACCACUUUGUUAGGGAGCAGGCCUGGGGUCUUCAUCGUGAUACGAUAGAAAAUAAGAGUCGAGUUCAUAUUUCACAAUCUCCGCAGACUUUUGGAGUUGCCUAUAUGCGAACGAGCAAAAUAUUAGGUCUACACUUGCUACAUUAUACCAUUCAAUAUGUUUCUGAUUUGCUCAGCCAGAAACCAAUUAACCAAAUUGCCUGAGACAAGUCCGUGAAGUCAGGCUUUUGGUCGGGAGUAGGCGUAGACUACUAAACAACUGCGAGUGAAGAGCAAAAUAAUCCACUUGUUGAACUGCAUAUUACAUGCUGACAACAUUUUCUAACAAAUGAGCCAACUAUACAACAUGAUCAUGAGCAGCACUCACCUCAACUUAGCUAACAUUUCCCCAGUGUAAAUUGUAGCCUAACCAAUAUCCAAACGGACAUUCGAUGAAAACAAAAAAUCUGACAUUGAUUGAUUUAUCAAGACGAGUCCCCAUAUUUGUCUCAAAGCAGCACGAUGGCGCUAUCCCAAUCGAAACGGUGCUGAAAUUAUCAUCUAGUUGACCACAUGUGGGUAGGCUAUUGCUUCAAAUGUAUUACCUCGAAUGGAUGACUUUGGGAGUUUCAUCAAGGAACAAUUUGAUACAUGUCUUCAAUUGCAUUAGCCUUAUUUUAUUUAUUCCAUUAUUUUUGUCAUUCAGUGAUAUUUAUUCCCACGGUAGUUCUUUAUGGAUCCAUCCAGUUGCGGUUAAGAAAACAGUGCACACUUAGGCGAGCUAUGCGAAGAGAUGGGCGAGGUGACAUAGAAACUGGCGGGAGGAUGGUUACAGGGCGGUGCCUAGCAACCAUCAAGGGUUUAAGAGCUUAGUGCAUGUCAAUGCCGCCUCAGCGAUACAGCUACGUAUCAUACUAAGCCGUAGGCAGAACUUUACCAAAUUGAUUACUAGGUCGUUAGGUAGAAAUACAAGUUUAGGCUUUGAUACCGGCAAUAUAUAUCAGAUAUAAAGAAAAGGCGGGGGAAAAAGUUGGCGGUAUGGUAAAAAUAGCGGAAAAACAAUAUAUGCAUUCUGAUGACUGAACAGUAAACACGUCAGCUACCACAGCAAGAUAAAUCACUGCAACACUUAAAGAACUGCAGUCAUUUUUAGAAUGGGUGGCAAGUAAUAAGCUUGUACUUAAUAUUUUUUUUAACUAAAAGCAUUGUAUUUUGAACAAACCAUUCACUUGGCAGCAGCUAAUAUCGAUCACUAAUAAAUACAAAUACAUUGUGUGAUAUACACUGAGUGUACAAAACAUUAGGAACACCUUCCUACUAUUGAGUUACACCCCCUUUUGCUCUCAGAACAGCCUCAAUUCGUCGAGGCAUGGACUCAACAAGGUGUCAUAAAGCGUUCAACAGGGAGGCUGGCCCAUGUUGACUCCAAUGCUUCCCAUAGUUGUGUCAAAUUGGCUUGAUGUCCUUUGGGUGGUGGACCAUUCUUGAUACACACAGG